CAAACACCGGUCAGUAAUGUCUGUGCUACAGUACCCGUUCUACAGGAUGACCCGGCCGGCCGGAACGAUAAUUAUAACCCGGCAGAUAUGGGCAGCUGCCGAUUCGCCGAUUUUUCGGCCUCGGCCCAGUCAAAAGUUAGCCACUCUACGGAUCCGGCCCAGACUUAAACGAACCAAAUCCACCGCAACUCACGUUGCACUACUACCUAACCAACCGACAUUGAUCUCUCCAACUGCGGCCCAAUUUCUCAGAUUAUACCUUAUACACACAGCAAAGAAAGAAGACACCACGCCAUGGCCGCCCUUCGCCCAGCAACCCGCGCCAUCGCCGCCCUGACCCGGCAGCCUCUCGCGUCUACCCUCCGCAUCGCCUCAAACCGCUUCAACAGCACCACUAGCAACAACAACAGCACAACCUCCUCCCCGUCAGACCAACCAACCCGCGACCUGGACGUGGGCGAGCUGCAGGGGGCCAAGUUCAAGAUUGAGCCGCUGCGGCGGGAAGGCGAGGACGCAGCAACCAUGCGCGCGCGGCUUCUCUACCAAUCCCGCAAACGCGGCACCCUCGAAUCCGACCUCCUCCUCUCAACCUUCGCCUCAGAGCACCUGUCCACCAUGACCCCGCGCCAGCUGGCCGAGUACGAUUUGCUGCUCGACGAGAACGACUGGGACAUUUACUACUGGGCCACGCAGGAGCAGGAGCAGCCGCAACAGCAGAAUACUGCGGCCAGUGAGAUUGACCCUGCCGCUCAGCAACCACAACCCGAGGAAGCACAACUACAAAACCCACGCCCGGGGGAAUGGGCGCAGACGGUGGGGACCUUUAAGCCUGCGUACCGACCCGUCCCCGCGCGGUGGCGCGACAGUGAGAUCCUCAAGCUGCUCAGGAAGCACGUGGAGUCGCGAAGAGGGGAUAGCAAGGGCACGGGUAAGGGUGGGAUGGGGUUCAUGCCGCCGUUGGAGGAGUACAAGUGAUUCGUUCCUUGUUUCCUAAUGGUAGGCAGCUAGUCUUGAUCGACUGAGGGUGGGCUGCCGGUGGAGGAUGGAUAACAUUUUGGUUUCUUGUACCAUACUUAUGUAUUUGUUAUGUACGAACAUGUGUAUAUCAAUAGGGAUGCGGGGUGGGCAGGUAUCACCUCAAAUGUAGGCAAACAUGGCCAUGUUACCGGGCAAGAGCAAGCAAUGCGACGGGAGCUUGGCUGGUUGAUAGGUUGUUUGAUUUGGGGUAUACCCAUCCAUCCUUCCCAUCCCAUCCCUCCC